AUGCUUAGUGAAGCUGAACUUAAAAAAAAAGAAGAGGAGGAUUUUAAAUUAGCCGUAGCUCUUUCGCUUGAUGAAGUCAAUAAACGUAAAUCGCAAAAUUUUUUAUCAAAUAAAUUCUCAACCCAACCAUCAAUCACUGCUUCAAAUAAAGAACUUCCUCAAAAGCCAGCAAAAAAAACAGGAAAUACUAAAAGAGUCAAGGCGCUAUAUGACUUUGCUCCUACUGAAGCGGGCGAGCUUGGGUUUGUACGUGGUGACGUCAUUUCGGUUAUUGAUAAUGAUGUUUAUAAAGAUUGGUGGCGUGGAGAAAUACGUGGCAAGACAGGAAUUUUCCCAGAAACAUUGUCAGAGCCAACACCUGAUGAUAUUGAAAAAGAAGCUGAAGUCGAAACUUUAAUAUUUGCACAAGCUCAAAAAAUAGAAAUUUUAUUGGAAAAGUUAAAAAGAAUAGAUUUACAAAAAAAAAAUGCCAUGGAGGAUGAAGAAAUCCAGGAACUAUAUAGUUCUAUGUUACCAAUUAGAUCAAAAUUGGUUAAAGUUAUUGAAAAAUAUAGUCAAAAGAAAGAUCAACUGAUCUCAUUACACAGUAAAUUUAUUCAGUCUACCAAGACUUAUGAGAAACUUAUGCAAGAAUCAAUUCAAAAAUAUGAUUAUCCAUCAUCUAUAUCAUACUCUACAAAGGUAGCUCAAAAUCCAAACUAUAAUUUAAUUAGCCAACAAAUUCCUCAAGAUUAUCAUUUAUUAAAACAAGAAGCUUCUGUUCUAGCAACUUUUCCUCAAGCUUCUUCGAUUUUGUAUCAACAACAACAGCAAUCUGAUAUGUAUAAUCAAUCAAAAUUUUAUAAUCCUCAAAAAAUUCAAUACCCAUUAUUGCCUUCUCAACAUCUUCAGAAUCAACAAAUUACAUACCAAUCUUUACCACAAGAAAUUUUAAAUCAGCAAAAUUUGCUCCAUCAACAACAUACCAGGGCAACAAAAUAUUCUUCUAAUCAAUUAAAUGGCUACAAUGUAACUCCAACCAUUCAACAAUUAUCAGCGCAACAACCUAUACAACUACAAAAUUUUCAACAACAACUUCAACAGCAAUUGCAACAACAAGCUUUGCAACCUCAGCAACAAACCAUGCAAUCCCAACAACUUCAACAAAAAACUGUACAACCUCAGCAGCAAACUUUGCAGCCUCAACAAAUUCAACAGGAGUUGCAACAGCAAACUUUACAACCUCAGCAGCAAACCUUGCAACCCCAACAACUUCAACAGAAAGCUGUACAACAUCAACAGCAAACUUUGCAGCAUCAACAAAUUCAACAGGAGUUGCAACAGCAAACUUUACAGCCUCAACAGCAAGUUUUGCAACCCCAACAACUUCAACAGCAGUUGCAACAGCAACCUUUGCAACCUCAGCAACUUCUUCAGCAGCAAAACUAUGCAUCAGAUGACAUCACAGCACUUACAAAUGCUUCUCAACAAACUCAAUUUUCUACGCAAAACACACAACCAGAUAACCCAAAACAUAAUUUAAACUCAAAGCAACAAUCUCAAGGUUCUAUUAAUAGUUUGCAAGAUUCCUCUAAUCAAUUAAAUAAUUCAUUCUCUCAACAACAAGUUCAGUAUUUGUCUAAUCAAACAUCACAAGAUUAUACAAAUUCUGCAGAUAUAUACACAUUAUUACGAAAUCCAUCUCAAAAUUUACAAGAUGCCGCCACAAUAAAUCAAGCUCAAUUAACACAGCUAUCAAUUCAAUAUCAAGAUCCUAAAAUAUUUAAUAAUACCUCAACUACCCCAUCAUCUGUUCAACAUCAAAACUUUAUUCCAUAUGAUUCUCAGUUUGCUGUUGCAACUCCUGUUGAAUUUGUUGAGGCUGCAAAGUUUGCUGCUGAGGUUGUACAGUUUUUUGUUGAAGUUGUUGGGAUUGCAUGGUUUGUUGCUGAGGUUGCAAAGCUUGUUGUUGCAAUUGCUGUUGAAGUUGUUGUUGAAAAUUUUGUAGUUGUAUAG